CCGAAGGGAAGCAGGCGGGUCUCUGAGCUGUCCCGUCUUCCCCCACGCCACUGCGUUUCCCCAGCACCGAGCCAGGGACCCAGCAAAGCUGCCUGGCUCCUUUUAUGAACAACAAAACCGUGAUGAAGGCAACAGGAGUCAGAAAACCAUUCAUGGCAGGAAGCCCCAGUAUCCGGUGAGAAAUAAGAAAUACAACAGCACAGGAUGCGCCUUGGGUCAGGGGGACGGGAGCAGCCCGAAGCCUUUGUGUCCUUCUCUGGGUCGGAGCAGCUGCCACUCAGCCCUCAGCUCCCCUCAGGGCACAGCUGGGGACCCAGAUAGAAGCUCCAGUCGCUGUUGUCACUGGUGGGGUUAUCACCUCCGCCGAGGGGGACACGGAGGGGGAAUGGCCACCGUCUUGCUGCUGCUGCUGCUGCUAUUCCUGGGCCAGCCCUGGGCUGGGGCCGGAGCCGACAAGGAGGCCGUGGUCUGUGCGGGGACUGCCUGCUACACAGCCCACUGGGGCAAGCUGAGCGCGGCCGAGGCCCAGAGCCACUGCAGCCAGGAGGGGGGCAACCUGGCCACAGUGAAGAGCGAGGAGGAGGCCCGGCACGUCCAGCAAGCCCUGGCCCAGCUCCUGAGGCGGCAGGAACCCCUGGCUGCGAGGAUCGGCAAGUUCUGGAUCGGGCUGCAGCGAGAGAAGGGCAAGUGCUUGGACCCCAGCCUGCCGCUGAAGGGCUUCAGCUGGGUGGGCGGCGGGGGGGACACGCAUUACGCCAACUGGCACAAGGAGGUCCGAAGCUCGUGCAUCUCCAAGCGCUGUGUGUCCCUGCUGCUGGACCUGUCCGUGCCGCCUCCCGCCAGCCGCCUCCCCAAGUGGUCAGAGGGCCCGUGUGGGAGCCCUGGCUCUCCCGGAAGCAGCAUCGAGGGCUUCGUGUGCAAGUUCAGCUUCAAAGGCAUGUGCCGGCCCCUGGCCCUGGGGGGCCCAGGCAACGUGACCUACACCACCCCCUUCCAGGCCACCAGCUCCUCUCUGGACGCUGUGCCCUUUGCCUCUGUGGCUGACGUGACCUGUGGGGACGGGGAUGAGAGUACGAGCCAUUAUUUCCUGUGCAAGGAGAAGGCCCCCAAUGUGUUUCACUGGGGCAGCUCGGGCCCCCUUUGUGUCAGCCCCAAGCACGGCUGCAGCUUCAACAACGGGGGCUGCCAGCAGGACUGCUUCGAGGGGGGCGACGGCUCCUUCCGCUGCGGCUGCCGGCCGGGGUUCCGGCUGCUGGACGACCUAGUGACCUGUGCCUCCCGGAACCCUUGCAGCUCCAGCCCGUGCACUGGGGAGGCCACAUGUGUCCCUGAACCUCACGGGAAAAGCUACACAUGCCGCUGCCCCCAAGGCUUCCAGCUGGACUCGAGUCAGCUGGGCUGUGUGGAUGUGGACGAGUGCCAGGACGCCCCCUGUGCCCAGGAAUGUGUCAACACCCCCGGGGGCUUCCGCUGCGAAUGCUGGGUGGGCUACGAGCCCGGCAGCCCUGGAGAGGGGGCCUGUCGGGAUGUGGAUGAGUGUGCCCCCGGCCGCGCCCCCUGCGCCCAGGGCUGCACCAACACCGAGGGCUCAUUCCAUUGCUCCUGCGAGGAGGGCUAUGUCCUGGCCGGGGAGGACGACACCCAGUGCCAGGACGUGGACGAGUGUGCGGGUCCUGGGGGCAGCCUCUGUGACAGCCUGUGCUUCAACACACAGGGGUCCUUCCGCUGUGGCUGCCUGCCAGGCUGGGAGCUGGCUGCCGAUGGGGUCUCCUGCACCAUGGGCCCUGAGUCCCUAGGACCACCGGCUGGGACCUCCUCCCAGGAGGAGGACAAUGAAGAGAGAGAGGGGAGCACCGUCCCACCUGCCACAACGUCCAGUCCCACCAGGGGCCCUGAGGGCACGUCUGAGGCAGUAUCCACCUCCAGGAGGCCUGCCCUCCCACCCAACAGCCCCCUCACCUCUGCCCUGCCCAAGAUGAUGGCUCCCAGUGGGCCCCCUGGCAUCUGGAUGGAGCCCAGCACCCACCACCCCACGGCCACCACUGGCCACCGUGACUCUGCAGGUGGGGAUUUCGUGGCCCCACAAAGCGAUGAUGGAACCGACGGGCAAAAGCUGCUUUUGUUCUACAUCCUGGGCACCGUGGUGGCCAUCUUACUCCUGCUGGCUCUGGCUCUAGGGCUGCUGGUGUAUCGUAAGCGGAGAGCGAAGCAGGAGGAGAAGAAGGAGAAGAAGCCCCAGAGUGCGGCAGACAGUUACUCCUGGGCUCCAGAGCGAGCCGAGAGCAGGGCCACUGAGAACCAGUACAGUCCGACACCUGGGACAGACUGCUGAAGGCGAGGUGGCCCCAGGGACACUUAGAGUUGGCAGCCACCAUCCUCGGAGCUUUGAACUCCCCGUUCCCAAGGGGGGACCCACAUCUUUGGAAAGACUGGACCAGAAUCUUAGCAAUUAUAAACCUUCUCCUUACUAGCCUGGCAAUUUGGAAUGUGCAGGUAUUUUCUACACGUGUGUGGCGUUCCAGAAGUGGAAGCCGUGUGUUUGCCCACCAUUGUGGAGAUUUUGUGAAUAUUGAAGAUUCUCACUCCCUCUCCCUUUUCAAAUCCCAGUGAUUCUGGAUGGGCCUGAGGAGUCAGAACUAACGGGCUCCCUUCGAAUGGCUUCUCUGCUCACUUUUACCUUCUAGGAGGAAACGGCAGAUGCUAGCGCUGAUUAGGAUUGAAGUGAUUUCUUCCUCUUCCUAGAAAGAAACUAAGUGAACUAACUAUUAACUAGAUAGGAGGCCUCCUUCUGCUUGUCGGAGGGAGCGGAUUCAGGACAUACUCACUGGCGUGCAUGCUUUCCCCAGCACAAGCCCUGUCGUGUGGACAUUGUUGAAAUCCUCUGGAAUGACCAGAAGUGCAAUUAACUGCUUAGGCAGCAAGGAGGCAGGAAGUUUUGAAAUCAUGUUCCCUAGUUCUUAAAUUUCUAAUAGUCUCGAGUUUAUUUGUGAUCAGGGUUUGAAAAGUAUGAGAAAAGUUUUUUUAAGUGAGUUAAAUGUGUUUGUGAAAACAUAUAACCCAAAGGGCUGGGGCCAGAGGGAGGCCAGGGAUUGGUUUCACAGAUACUUGAAUUCAUUUGUCUAACUGUACCGAUGUUGACACACACUGGACUCCUGAUGAGAUAAACACCUAACAAGAAAAAAAGUCAAGGACAACUUGCCUUUGUGCCAGGGCGGGCCUGAGAUGCCCGCGAGCCGCUCUGCCUCUGACUUCGGACCUUUGAGUGCAGAGGGAGGAAGCCCUGCAAAGUGGUCCAUCCUGGUUGUUUGCUAAAGGAUGUGUGAGUGGGAGGUGAUAGGCUGUGUUUUGAAAGCUGUCGUUCUAAAGCACGUUAGCAGGGUUCGUAGUUCACAGUAGAUCCCGCAUUCGCAUUCGGAGAACUGGAAUCCUGACGUGUGGGUGUAACGCACAGGGACUAGCCAGGCAGGACGCUUAAGGAACUUUUGUCAUGUCUCUCAGAAAGGAGAAGGAAAGGAAAUAACCAAAAGCUUUUGCAACAGCAAAAAUUGCUGAAAGCCAUUUUAAUUUAUAUCCUCAUUUUAAAGAGUACAUUUGCAAGAUUUCCCCUUAUGAUGUGGUUGAUAGCACUGUUUGUUCUCUCCCUCUCUCUCUCUCUCUCUCUCUCUCUUUCUCUCUUUCCCCCGCCCUGGGGUGCUGGAAAGCAGGCCACCCCUCUCCGUGUUCACCGUGGUCAGAGUUGUUAGAAGUUGCCUGAGCAUCUCCGGGAGGCCUCGAGUGUCCAGGGGCUUUUAGCUGCCACCGUGCAGGACAGCAGACAGAGGAAAUGUUUCCUUCCAAGGUUCCAAAGUCUUUGCCUUUCAGCACACGGAUGCCCUAUUGUUUCUGGUCUUGCCUUAGCAACACAUCUGUCCCAGGGGUCCACACCCUGAGGGGGGCGGGAACUGAAUGCCCUCCAGGUGCAUGGCCUUGGGAGUUAAGUAAAUAUCCUUUUGUCAGUUUUGAAA